AUGGACGAUCGAAGUACCGAGGGAAAGACGGCGCUGGUAACCGGCGCAUCGAAGGGGCUGGGACGCGCCAUAGCCAUCAGACUUGCCGAGCUGGGAGCCCGGGUGGCCGUGAACUACAACUCUUCCCAGGACGCCGCGGCGGAGGUCGUGGCGGCCAUCGAGGGCAUGGGAGGCGAAGCCUUCUCGGUCAGGGCCGACGUCUCGAAGGUCGACGAGGUGAAGGCGAUGGUGGUAGAGGUGGAGGAGACGUACGGCCCGGCCGGCAUCCUGGUCAACAAUGCGGGCAUCAUCAGUGACCAGCUGCUGAUGCGGAUGUCCGACGAGGCGUGGCACAGGGUUAUAGACAUCAACCUUCACGGCACGUUCUACUGCACGCGGGCGGUGCUGCGGAACAUGGUGCGGAGCCGAUGGGGGCGCAUCAUCAACAUCGGCUCGGUGGUGGGGGAGCGCGGAAAUCCUGGACAGACGAAUUACACGGCAUCCAAGGCGGCCAUGAUCGGCUUCACGAAGGCGCUGUCGAAAGAGGUGGCGACGAGGAGCAUCACGGUCAACAUCAUCAAUCCGGGCUACGUGGAGACGGAGACGACGGCUGUGCUGACCGAUCAGCAGCGCGACCACUGGCUCAGCGUAAUACCGCAGGGCCACUUCGGGGACGCCGACGACAUUGCACACAUGGUGGCCUUUCUCGCGCAGGAGAGGGCGAAAUACAUCACCGGGCAGGUGAUCUGCGUCGACGGCGGCAUGGCCGUCUAG